AUGGAUACAGAAAAUAAUACAAAUGAAGAUUUUUACAGACCCAAGACAUUCCUUCUGAUCGGGAUCCCGGGCCUGGAGAUGGCCGAGUUCUGGAUGUCCAUUCCAAUGUGUAUAAUGUAUGUCCUGACAGUCCUGGGGAACAGUGCCAUGCUCCUCAUCAUUAUGCCCCAGGAGACCUUUCAUAAGCCAAUGUAUCUGUUCCUCUGUUUGUUAUCCAUUAUUGAUCUGGUGGCAUCAGCGACCACAACCCCCAAAAUCCUCUGUAUCUUCUGGUUCAAUGACAAGGAGAUUGCCUUCGAUGCGUGCCUGGCUCAGCUCUUCUUCAUCCACUCCCUCUCCAUGAUGGAGUCCACUAUCCUCCUGGCUAUGGCAUUUGACCGAUAUGUUGCUAUUUGCCAUCCCCUCAGAUACACUUCUAUCCUGAGCAACUCCACCAUUGUCAAGAUUGCAAUUCUAGCAAUGAUCAGAGGUUCCUUAUUCAUGGCUCCUGCUCCAUUCCUGAUCAGGAGGUUGUCCUACUGUAGAACCAAUAUCAUCGCGCACACGUACUGUGAACACAUGGCUGUGGUGAAGAUCGCAUGUACUGAUACAACCAUCAAUAAGGUGUAUGGUCUGACUGUGGCCCUGCUGGUGAUAGCUGUAGAUAUCAUAUGUAUAACUGUGUCCUAUUCGGCCAUAGUCUGGGCAGUCUUCCGAUUGUCCUCCAAGGAGGCCCGCCACAAGGCUAUGGGCACCUGCGCCCCUCAUAUCUGUGUUAUCCUCAUUUCUUAUGUUCCUGCCCUCUUCUCCUUCUUCACACAUCGGUUUGGACACAACAUCCCUCUCCAUAUUCACAUCAUUCUUGCCAAUCUGUAUAUUCUGAUCCCACCCAUGUUCAACCCAAUGAUUUAUGGGGCAAGAACCAAAGAGAUUCGCAGAAGGAUCAUUACGGUAUUCACACACACACAUGUCUUUUCACACACUUUUGCUCUCUGGGUAAUCCUUUUGACCAAUCCAUGUUGUUACGCCUAG